AGGCGCACCGACGAGGACCAGCGCCGCGCCCUGCAGCUGGAGGAGGAGCUGAGGCGGGCGCAGCAGAACUCCGCGCGCACGGCCCAGGCCGAUCUGGUGGAGCAGGAGAACCGCCGUCUGGCCGCACGCGUCCGCGACCUGGAGGCGCGGACCAAGGAGCUGCAGAGCGCGGAGGAGGCGAGCAGGGCGCAGACCCCGCAGACGCAGGCGGCACUGGAGCUGCGGCUGCGCGAGAAGGAGGAGCAGUGGGAGAAGGAGAAGAGAGAGCUGGAGGCCCGGUGCGACGAGCUCAAGAAGCUGCACAAGGAGCUGCUCUCCAGGCAGCAGGCGCCGGAGAAGGAGCUCGGGGCGCGCCUGGAGAAGGUGCAGGAGGAGCUGAAGCAGCGCACCGCGGAGGCGGGUGCCGCGGAGGGCCUGAAGAAGGACAAAGAGGAUCUCCAGAGGAGGCUCGCCGAUGCCACCAGGCACGUGCAGGGGCUGACCAGGGAGCGGCAGCAGCUGGAGGAACAAGUUGCCAAGAAGGAGCAGGGCAUCAAGUCAGCGGAGGCCCUGAAAGAGCUGCGCAACAGAAAAAUCACUGAGAUGGAGGAGGAGCAUGGCAGGCGCGUGGCGGAGCUCGCCGGCGAGCGCGACCGCCUCCAGCAGGAGCUGCAGCAGAGGCCGGCGGCGGAGAGCGCCGCGGCCGCGAAGCGGGCCGAGGAGGAGCUGAAGCUCUGCCGCCGGCAGGCCGACCGAGGGCUCGCGCUGGCCGCCGACUACCAGCGAGCCGUCGAGGUGCUGCUCGCGAAGGACGCCGCGUCGCGCCGCGGCGCCCCCGUGCCGCAGCCGCCCUCGCAGGC